AUUUGGAACGGUGAAAAAGCAAAAAAUGGCAGCGCCAAAUGAUUUUUUCUCUGGAGUAAUUGGGAAAGUAGCUUUCGUCAAUAAAUGGCCAUUGCUUUUGAAGGCGACUCAGGACGAUGAUAUUCCAACUCCUGGUUAUCUCUUCAAGGAAAUAGCAGAUAUUACAUAUGAAUCUGGAAGUAAUUGUCAAUGUUUGGUUGACUUCCUGGUGGAGAGACUAGAGAAGAAAUCGUGCCACAUCAAAUACAAGGUUCUUAAGAUAAUGCUUCAUUUGGUUGAGCAAGGCCAUCCAUCUUACUGUGAAGGUCUAAGACGUAAAGCUCAGGGGAUCCAAUCAUCUGCAAAGUGCAGUGGUCCCCCUGACCCCCUCCACGGUAUGGCCCCCUACGUUGCUGUGAGAAAAGCAGCUAAGGCUUUGAGUGAGAGGUUAUUUGACACAGAGGUCACACACAGCAGACCAUCCAAUCAUGCUUGGAAGCAGGGUCACAUGACACAUGGCACAAGGCAGUCAAUAGAGGGCACCACCAAGAAGAUGGAAGGAUUUGGGAAUACUCCAGUUGUAUCACAGAAGCCAGUCACCAUUGAAUCUCUUGGGGAGACAGUGAAGGGCGGCUUACAGCAGAUAGCCAGCAAGCUGAGCGGGGAGAAUAAAACUGCAAUGACCUUUAACCAGGCUGAUACAGGUUACAAGCCUCUCCAUGGAUACGACCCGACCUCCAACCAUGGUCUUCAGAGCCCAGUAAGGCAGAGCUUGAUGAAUAGCGGCUCUUCCCAGUGGUCUCCUCAGCAUAGUAUACCCACAGACUACUCCCCUGUUAUGCUGGAUGAUGAUGGGGAUGAGACAAGGAGAGAAACCAUCUCCAAGGCAACACAAGCAUCAUCAUCAUCAUCAUCAUCAACAUCAUCAAGACGUUGGCAACAUCCGAGAAUAGAUACUCCACAUACUGAAGGGUCUUCUAUGCUGAAAGAGGAAGACAAUAAUUUAAUUGAUACAUCAUCAGUAUCAAGAGGGAGGCAAAGCAAUGGAUCAAAGAGCAGUGAUCAGCUCAGUGGUGCAGGCUCAGAUUUAUCAGAAAGACUAGCAUCAGUGAGUGUAACAGACUGGUCUGAGGAAGUCUCGACGGUAGAAUCGUUCAUCUCAGACCAUCAGGAAGGCCGACCAACCCCAACCAAAGAGGAGCUUCAGAAGUUUGUUAAGAAGUAUGUAUACCUUUUUGAUUUCCUUUCUGCUCUUAUGUGUGAUCACUACACUUUUGGAUGCUGUGUUAGGUAGCUUAGCGAAAUGUAGUAGCACAAAAAGACGUGUCCAGAACUCAAAAUGCAUAUUUGUUAAAAAUCAUAAUUUUAUCACACUGAGGUACUGUAAAUUCACGUCGUUAGGAUAUGGAGCUGGUCAAUGCAUCUCAAUGAGUUUUAAUGUUAGCUAAACUUUCAUUCAGAACUUAACUUAACUUAAUUUAACAAACAUGCAUGUAAGUGACUAUUAGGCUUUUUGUGUUCCGGAUGUGUCUUUUCGCGACACUACAUUUUGCUUAUCUGCCUUAGAGUAUAUAAGCGUGUUGUGGAAAUAUGUACAUGUAUGUAUGCAGAUCUAUUUAAUAGCUGACGCCUGAUCAGAAUCAUGGAUGUUAACAUGAUUGCCAGUUUGUACAGUAUAAUUCCUAGAUAAUGAUUGGGGAUUAAGAUAUUCAACUAUCAAAUCAUAAACAUCAUGGGUGAUAUUUAUCAUCAAAACAACAUAACAAGACAAAAUCGCUUAAAUGACACCCAAUACUUUGGAAAGAAUCUUUUAUAAGUCAAUGAAAUUGGUCAUAAUGACCAACUUCAAUGGGUUACUGCAUCAAUCUCUUCUAUGAAACAAGCCAGUCACAGCUUUCUUGUGGUUCCUGUUAUCUCCAGUAUCAAUGCCUACUUGCCUGCCUACCCUAGCAGCCUUUGAGCCUGGUGAAAGGUUGCUUCAUACAGCAGUUGUGCCUAGUUUGCUACCAGCAGAGCGGAGCUAUGUGUUUGAGAAGCAGACUGGUGAAAGUUUAGUGCAAAUCAGAGGAAGAUUAAUUUUUUAAAGUUAUUUCUGGACAACUUUCCCAAUGUCAAUUCACAAUAUGACUAAAAUGUCAAUUGUACAAAAUGUAUGAGUCAUGCAGGGUUUUUCCUUUCUAGAGGACCUAAAAUAAUGCUAUAUUUUAGCGAUUUUAAGAUAGUUCCUAAACUAAAUAAUGUAUUCGCUCGGACAUAAUCUACUCCUCACAGUAUAAAUGCACACAUGCAUGCAAACCCACCCACUCACACACAUUCACGCACACACAACACACUCACACACCACUGAACUCUAACACUGUGUGGACUGGGCGCCACGGCUGAGUGCACGACGCCGGUUCCUCUUAUUGUCCGCCAUUUUGAUUUCCCCAGAAAUCACGGCCGGGGAGAAGCAGGCCUGCAUUGUGUUGAACAAAAGUGUUUCUAUGUGUGUAGGAGAGGGGGUAUGAGGUAAUGCCGCAAGAAAUGUAUUGUUUUAGAUUUUCAUAACUUAAAACAAUAUAUUAAUGACUGUUCUAGGACAAUUACCUUCUGGACAAUAACCCCCCCCCCCCUCCUCCAGCCAAUUACCAACGGGACAAUUAGCC